AUGGCGUCUACUACCGUCGCCUCCCCACCGGCCAAGGCCCGUUCCUCUUCUACUCCUUCUGUAUCCUAUGAGAAGUUUGCUCCUCGGUCGUCGUCGCAAGUGUCUCGGCUGUCACGCAUUGCCGCCUUGACAGCCGGGCCCACAGCCCGAGCCGCUACCGCCGCAACAGAAAUACCAGACAAUGCCGAUUUUUUGCUGCAAGCCAUGUCGCCACCUCCGGGAAAAGGACAAGAAGAAAAGGAAGACGAAUCUGUGGUUGUGGUUCAUCAGACUCUGGAAACGACAGCAGACACGGUCGAUCAUUUGGUACAGCUGUUAAAGCACACGACAUCCAUGCGAUUGGCACUUCGGGCUUCUAUUAAUAUUGCCGAUGACAUCUCCAAUCGUCAUGCCGAGUUGCUCCGUCAUUCAGGAGAACUAUCGGCGGCAGCAGACAGAUUGCAGGAGGAAGAAGCCAUGUUGACCAGGCAUGCCGAAGAAAUUGGUCUCCCCUUGAAACAUUAUGACGCCGUCGAUCGAAUUGGCCUUGCCGUAGGUGUCUUAUUCAAGGGGACUACCACGGUGCGAGGACUUGCCAAAGCCAAAGUGGACAAUGACGACUUUCCAGAACUCUUGGAUGAAAUUGAUGAGGCGGUGUCAUUUUUUGGAAGGGAAUGUGGCGGAAAGGCGGCCUUGGAACAAGCAGAAAAAGAGGCUGCCAAAACCAAGUCGCAGCAGCUCGUCAGCGGGAGCAUUGAAUACUUCCGACGUGCUCUGGCGCUUCAGGAAGCUGCUCUAGACUUGAUUAAAGAAGCCGUGGUGGAACGAAUUUCCAAUACGUCCACGCAGGUGGCAGAUGCUCUCAAUAUCCCAAAGGUACCCAUUCCGGCCGACAAACUCGAGGCCUCUCUGGUCUACACUCGUUAUCAUGGAAUUUCUUCCCGAAGCAAUCGUCUCUUGACGUUGGUACGACGACGAUUGAAUCAAGGAGAUGCCUAUUACGAACUGCUGCACUUGUGUCGAACUACUUACUGCAAUUCGCGUGAAAAUUUGCUCAAGACGACAGUGAGCACGCACAUGGACUCACUCAAGAAUCAACAUGGGUUGGUCGGCAUGACGCGUUUGGCCAGCGUGUUUCUGAUUCGUCUUUGCACAGUGGAAACAUCGCUCUACCUCGAUUUCUUUGGUGACAAGAAACUAGAAGAGAAAAAGGGAGAGGAGGAAAAGGCAACUACGGCAGCCGGCAAGAAGAAAUCCAUGGCAUCGCAGGUGCUCUCCAAUGACGGCACCUACUAUGAUUCGGAGUUCCAAAAUUAUUUGACAAAUCUAUGUUCCUCGCUCCACCGAACCAUUCGUCGUGGAUUGGUGACGAUGCUGGACUUGGAUACUCUCUGCCAGAUUGUCAGCGUCUUGCGCGAGGAACGAUCCAUGGCCAGCUCGUCGCCAACCACGGUCGCAGCCGCCAGAGCCAUUUCCAGUGUGAUUGAAGAUGCUCAAGAGCGACUGAUCUUUUGUGCCAACUCGGCUCUUUCCAAGGAAGUUAUCCGGUUCAAGGCGACUCCUUCUGACUUGGACUAUCCUGAUCGUCUCAAGAAAAAGGAGACCCCGGAAGACGACUCGAAAUUGCCGGAAGAAGAACGAAUGGAAAAGCAGUUAUUGGCAGUCUACGAGAGUUGGUUCCCGCCAAUGAGGAGCGUCUUGAAGAUCCUGUCCAAAAUCUUUCGCGUUGUUGAGCCGCACGUCUUUGAAGACAUUGCCCUUCAGUCUGUUCAAGCCUGUACGAAGUGCCUUCGAGACGGAGCAGUGUACAUCAAUGGACGCAAAGGGCAAAUGCAUUCCGAUUUGUUUCUUGUCAAACAUCUUUUGGUUCUGCGCGAGCAACUGUCUCCAUUUGACAUUGAGCUUCGUUCGGUGGAACGUCAACUUGAUUUUAGUGAUGCGGGUAGAGCCGUGGCCCGUUUUCUGGCCAAUCGAAACCGACGCUUGUUUUCCAUGACUACGGAGAAUGCCUUGAUUACCUUGCUUCGGGAGGGUGUGUCGGUGCAGGAAUCGUCUGUGGACUCGAAACGGGAUUUGGAAGAUGCUCUUCGAUCCGCCUGCAACGAUUUCAUUGAGCACACAUGCAAAUCUGUUGCGGGGGACCUGAUGACAUUUGUAGAGACGAACAAGGGGUCAAUGAACCCUGCCGCUUUGCAGGAUGUGGUAGCCAAGACAGACGCGGCAUUGGAUGAUUCCUUUGGUGAGGUCCUUACGCAAAUGGGACUGUACCUAGACAAUCCGGCAACACAGAAUAUUCUGUUGAAGCCUGUGUCCCGUAAGGUUGUCAAAGCAAUUGACGAGGCAAAGAAGGAAGUGAACGGUGCUUCAGAAGGCUGGGAUGAGGAAACUAAGAGCGGGAUCCUGACAGCCCUCGGAUCCCUUGAACAAAAGGUGAAGGCGUUUGCCAAGGGAAGUGCUCCCAACAAAUAG